AUGGUAGCUGCUGGGACAGGCUUAGCUCCCUUCAGGGGAUUCAUCCAGGAGCGCAGGUUCCGACAAUUGGCGGGCAAGAAGGUUGGUCCUGCGCUGCUCUUCUAUGGAUGUCGCGGAAGAGAUCUAGAUGAUAUGUAUCGAGACGAGAUGGAUGGGUAUGAAAAGGAGGGUGUGGUCAGUAUCCAUCGAGCGUAUAGUCGUGUAAGGGGUGCAGAUUUCAGGUACAUCGACUCUGCGAUAGCGAAAUUUCUCGAUCACGUGGUUUCACUAUGGGCCAGUGGCGGCGUUGUUAGGGUCUGUGGAGGCAAGAAGAUGUCGAACUCGGUCUUCGAAGUGUUAGGUCCUGCGUUGCUGGAACGGGAUAGGCUCGAUGGCAAGACUGACGUAACGGAUGUGGCAGAGUGGAAGCGCAACCUUCCGCGCGGGAGAUAUGUUGAGGAGAUAUUUCUGUAG